GAGACUUGCAGAGCCGCAACAUGACAGAGGAGAGGAAAGACUGAAGCCAAAUGAAUCGGAGCGUCAAAGCAGGGAUUCUCCUCCCUUUCUGCGGAGCGACGGUAACUGCAGCGCAUCCGACGUUCAGAUGAAUGUGGAGCUCGGAGAUUUAUCAGUGAGGAAACAGUGGAUGCGUCUGAGCUCAGGACAAACAGGCAACAAGAGCGUGGGUUGACGUUUCCACAAAGUGGCGGCCCCCUCGAGUUCUUGCUGCUGAUUUUGAUCUCAACUGAGAGAGAGGAGAAAGGAAGGAAGAGCGAUCAGACACGUGGGAACACGCGCAUCUCAGUGUAAAAAUGAGGUUCAGGAGUCACCACAGGGGUUGAUCCACCCACAUCAGAACCUCUGAUCGGUAACAAACCACACACACACACACACACACACACACACACACACACAGGGGAAAUGUGUUUUUGGAUCGCCAGCGAAAAGGAAAUGUGAACGAGCUGAAGACAAGUCCGAGCUGCUGAGGGAAAAGAAGCCACGCAGAAAUACGCUGCGUCACCAACAACAAAGAUAAAGUCACGUCGACAUCUCACAGAAGUGGAGACGCGGUGAAGUGAAACACGUCCUUCACAGCUCUGUGGAUCAGGGACGAGCUGACACGUGAUGGUGAUCUCAGAACCUCCUCUCAAAACUUCUCCUUCUUUUAGCACAAGCAAAGAUUCCCGUGGACUGCUCCCGCGUUUCCUUUGGUGAAGUUUCAUGAGCAACGAGUAAAAGUCAAGAAGCACAAACGGAUGAUGUGGACCAGAGAUUUCCACUCGUGGCUCAACAACACACAUAGAGUAGUGUCACAAGUGCGUCGUGUUCUUUAAGCACAAAUAGAGUUUGAGCCUGAUGACGCCGCAUUCAGGUGCAAAGAUCUACCAAGAGUCGAGAGCAGAAAAGCACAAGAAGCCCAAGGCGAGUCUAUUGUUCAACAACAGUAAAAGCACAAAUUAUAAGAUAAAACUUCCUCCGAUCAGGGAUUCAGGUUCUGAAAACCCUUAUGCCUUCUUUUCUGAAAAGCACAAAUGAUUUGGCUUGUCUAAUUUUGCAGGUGAUAAAACAAAGUUUUGUAUUGGUUUUCAUUAUCUAAAAGAGACUUUAUACCAUUUUAUAUCAAAUCCAACAUUGAAAUCCACUUUAACGAGAAUCAUUAGCUUGAUUUUUACCGACCUCUGCUUUUCAGCUGUUGAUGUUGUUUUUGAAUUUUUUAAAAACGGCACCACAGACCAGGAUCUUUAAAAAAGCAAAUCCUCCAAACAAGCGUUUCUACUAGAGAUUCUUACACAACAACGUUAUUUUCUCUCUCUGUUACAAAACAAAACAAAACGAAUUUGUCUUAAAAAUCAGCGAAUUUCCUCUGAGCUUCCUCUUCCUCUCUUCUCAGUCUGGAAGCAUCCCUCUCACUGUGCAGAUCAUUUGUUAAAAGCUCUCGCUGUCUCUGAAUAUUUCACGCUCAGAUCAGACGAGCGUUUGCCGCGGAUCAUCUCAUGUUUUCUCUCGUCACUCGGGGGAGAACCAAGGUCGUUUUAAACACUUGCUGGUGUUCAGAUGAAUUAUUGAACUGAGCCGAGAAACUGCUGCAAAACAGUCGACGGCCUCGAGAAUCUCCUCCGCGCUUCAUUCAGCGUCACCGGCCUUGUUUCCAACACGACCUUAAGCUCAGGAAACCUUGUAUAGAUCAGUGAGACAUUGCAGCGCUCCGAAAAAAACAACAACCACAGGUGGUUUUCACUUUUAUCAGCUUUCAUAACGUGGGCAGGACAUUUCCUCACUGUUUUUUGUAUGAAAACCCAUAAUGCUGUAAACACACGCUCACAGAAACAUCAGUGUGUGGGACACACACCUCCAUCUCUCCUCUCUCGUCCCUCCAUCUCGCUCAACAGGAACAUUUUUUUUAGGACGCCCACGACCUCAAACAAUCAGAUUUUCUUUCAGUAAUUUCAAGCACAAACUCCAGAGCUUUUGCCUCUUCCUCCUCCUCCUCCUCCUCCUCUUCCUCCUCCUCCUCCUCCUGCUCCUCUUCCUCCUCUUCCUCCUCCCCUGCAGGACUGAAAUGAUCUGCAAAGUGUGAAUACAAAUUCAAUUUUCACUGUGAUGAAAAGACAAAGCCUCUCUCCCCUUCGCCGCCUGCAUCAGGACAGAUAAAGGCUGUUUGCAGUGAGGAGCUGUUCGAGCAUCCUGCUUUUCUUUGUCUUCCGUUUCGUCGCCGUUUGCGGCUGCGAGCGCGUGAACACAGAAGUGGGUUUUUCCAUGCUUUUGUCUUCGGACGGACGGUGCCGAGCAGAAGAGACAACAGGAAGUGAACUCUGCUCGCCUCUCAGCUGGGUUUUCAUCAGAAGUGACGCAGCGCUAAACAAAAAACAGAUGUCCCCUUUGAACAAGUGGUGAAGUGUGACGGGUGAAAAACAAACUUGUUUAAUGAAAUGGCUUCAUUUUUUUUUGUGGGUAAUUAUCCUUUUCUGAGGAAAAAGUGAAAGUACAUGACCCUACAUUUGAGCAGAUUUGCCACAAAAACAACAACGUAGCUUUUAUAUUUAUUAAACCUGGAAAACAUCAGAAAACAUAUGAACCUUUUUUUUUAAUGAGUAGCUUGGACCAAGUUUUCGGAGGAUUUGUGGUCAAACUUUACAGGUAACGGGGAUACAUCUUCCCACAUAGAGGAUCUUUGUGACCAACACAAUCUGAUUUGAAGACUUGACCCUUGUACAUUCGGAGGACCUUAUGUUAGCUUUUAGACCCUGCUUUCAAGACAACCAUUCAUCUUGGGUCAAAGGUCAGAGGUUGAUAAAAAAGGCAAACAAUCAAGAGAUCAUACAGCGAGCACUGACCUGAGGAGAUCCGACUGGGAGGUGAAAGGUCGGACGGACGAGCUGGAUUAUUGAUACCAGGUGUCAGUUGUAUCCUGAGGGGCCCGCGGAGACCUCAGAGAAAGGACGGACAGAUAAAAUAGAAGAGAGGGAGAUAGAGAGAACGAGCGACGGACGUCAUCAUGGGCUGCAACAUGUGUGUCGUCAAACGUCAGGAGGAGCAGUACAGGAUCAUGUUCCAGCAGAAAGGAUGGAGCAAUUCCCUGCGGCCAAUGGACAGACAUGGAAACAUAAAGGUCAGAGGACGGAGAACCUCUCAGCCACCGCUUGACAGGCCACAAAACUCCCAGGAGCCUUUGCAACAACCCGGCACGGUCCGCAAGAUUCACAGGAGGAAAGGUACAUUAGUGUGCAGCGGUAACGGGACCGGCAGCAGCUCCGUCUCCUCUUUUGCCUUGGUGGCGAUCCCCGACUGCGUCGACAACGCCACGCAGACGGACAUCAGCUUCCAGAACAUCAUGACGCUGGGGAGGAGCAAGGGUCAUCAUCAUCAUCCCCACAACCACCACGGCCGAGGAGACUCCUCCUCCCCGCCACCGCCUCCCCCUUCACCUCCCCUGCCUCACCUCGCGGGACCGUACGGGAUCAAUGAGUUCUGCGUGUUCGAGUACAACGACCCCAAUGACUACUUUGACGUCUCGAAUCAUGAGGUGGACAGGCAGGAUGACCUGGAGUACGAGGAGGUGGAGCUGUACAAGUCCAGUCAGCAGGAGAAGCUGGGUCUGACGGUGUGCUACAGGACGGACGAUGAGGAGGAUCUGGGCAUCUAUGUUGGAGAGGUUAAUCCAAACAGCAUUGCAUCUAAAAAUGGACGCAUCAGAGAGGGCGACCGAAUAUUACAGAUCAAUGGAGUGGAUAUUCAGAACAGAGAGGAGGCAGUGGCCAUCUUGACCAGGGAGGACAGCAUCAACUUCUCCCUGCUGCUGGCCAGGCCUGAUAUAGAGAAUGAAAACCCUGCUGAUCCGGGGGAGGACAUAGAGCUGAUGAUGGAGGAAGGCGUUUUCCACCCAACCCCUCAAGCCUCCUCUUGUUCCCUCAACUCGUCUCACCUCUCCGGCUACUAUCGCCUCCGCUGGGGAGCAGGAGGAGGCCUGACCUGCCCCGGAGGAGGAGAAGAAGGAGGUGGAGAAGUUGCAGUGGUCGACGUGGAAGUGGAGGAGGAAGAAGACGAAGAGGACGGCGAGAGAGGAGAGAAGGAGGACGGAGACACACCGGUCCCCCUCCCUCCCCUGCUGAGCCUUGCUCCGCUACUGUCCAACAGCCAGGAGCUGGACAGCGGCGUGGGCCGGACCGACGACAGCACCCGCUACGAGGAGUUGUCAGAACAAGACCCGCUGGGCGACCAGACCAGUGCCUGUAACACCAACACCACCAACACGCCGGGGAGCACCAGGAAGUUCAGACCAGGACCCAGCCCCAGGCCCAGUCCCAGUCCCAGACCCAGUCCCGGCCUCGGCCCAAGCCCCAGGCCAAUCCCCAGCCCUGGGCAGGGACGGGGAGACACCACCCCUCCUUUCCUCCACCUGCGAGACCUCCAGCUCAGCUCAGACUCUCUCCCCGGCCUCGACUGGACAGGUGCAGGAGGAGGAGGAGCAGCGUGCAGCCCCCACCACCAUCACCACCACAAGCACUACCACCACCAUCACCACCAGCCGCCUCUGACCAUGAUGAUGAUGAUGCCGGGCCUGACAGAGGAAGAGUGCCAGCGAUACCAGGAGCUGCUGGAGAUAAAGUGUCAGUACGAGAGGCGCAACGAAAAACUGCAAAUAGAGGCCGCGAAAAAGGAUCGCAAGGACGUCGACGCGCAGGCGGAAGGCCAAGCAGAAAGAGAAGAGUUGGAAAGAGAAAACAAAGCCCCCGCUUCUUCUUCUUCUCUGGUUGUGGAUGUGAACUGCAACGAAACCUUCAGUGAGCACGAGAUGGCGCUCAUCGAUGAGGAGUUGCGCCACCUAGAGUUUAAGUGCCGCAACAUUCUCCGUGCCCAAAAGAUGCAGCAACUCAGAGAGAGAUGCAUGAAAGCCUGGAUGAUGGAGGAGGAGACGGCGGCAGCCGGGGCAGCGCGACAAGGCCCCCCGGAAGCAGAUAUGGUUAAUGAUGAUGACGACGACAACGACGACCCUCACCACCACGAGUUGUCGGCCAUCAAUGAGCUCCCGGAGCGCGAGCGAUCUGACGACAAAGACAGCACCAGCGCCUACAACACCGGAGGGGAGAGCUGCCGGAGCACGCCAUUAGUCAGCACGGAGCAGAUCGCGCCUCUCCAUGAAGAGGAGGACGAAACGGGCCGGCGACUGAUGUCUCCGCCUCCUCUCCUCCCCCUCGGUCACCUGCCCCCUCUGAACUCCCCUCUCACCCCGCGCCGUCACAGGCGGGACAGAGAGAGACGCCACUCCAACCUCAGCUGCUCCUUCUCCCCGAGCACCUACAGGAAGUAUGAAGCGGCCAAUGGCAACGGGGCAAAUGGCUCAAGCUCCACCCCCUCUACACCCUCCAAGUUCAGGUCUCUGACCAGAGAGGCGAGGUCGUCUUCAAGAAGGGGUGUGGCUGAUAGAGAGCGGGGCUCCAGAGGAGAUGGAGCCGCCAACAGGCCCGGAGGUGGAAGUGCAGAGUCCAGUCCCUAUUUCACCAGGCGGCACCACAGCCACAACAACCCAUUAGAGCGCUACCAGAGCUGUAUGACGCUGCCCUCCGAGGGCCUGGUGGACCCCCUGGACCGCGUGAGGAACAGACCGAGGGCUGAGGCCGAGGAAAGGGGGAUGGGCGCAGGCAGCAGCGGCCCGGGCAGCCCCAGGAGUGUGAACAGCGCCCCCUGCGGUCUGGAGGACCACCAUAGAGGUGCCUCGCGGUUGGGACUUGCCUUACCACUUGGGUUGACACAGUCAUCGCCAACGGCCUCACCGCAACGCAUGGAGUGGAAGGUAAAGAUCCGCAGCGAUGGCACCCGCUACGUGGCCAAGCGGCCGGUGAGGGACCGCCUGCUGAAGGCCAGAGCCAUGAAGAUCAGGGAGGAACGCAGCGGCAUGACGACCGACGAUGACGCCGCCAGCGAGAUGAAGCAGGGCCGGUACUGGAGCAAAGAGGAGAGGAAGCAGCAGCUGCUGAGAGCCAGAGAGUACAGACGAAGGCGAGAGUUCAUGAUGCAGAGCCGCCUGGAUUACCUCAAAGGAGACAGGGACCCUUCGUCGUCAACAGGGAGCACUUUGGACCAGGGCGCCCAGCUCCACCCCCGACAGGACUCCCCCGGCAACAACAUCCUGUCACUGAGCCAGAAGAAGGUCACGAAGAAGAGGAACCGGCGAAUCCUGGACAACUGGAUCACCAUCCAGGAGCUGCUGGCUCACGGCUCGAGGUCGCCGGACGGAAAGAAAAUAUACAACCCUCUCCUCUCCGUGACCACGGUGUGAUGUGAGGACGACGGGGAGCACGAAGAGGAGACCGGAGGGAAGAAACUGACAAGGAAAACUUGGACCUAAAGGAUCAUAGAUUCCGAUUUUUGGAGCUUGAAGAAAAUAGAGUAGAAGACUUAACACUUGUGGAAGAAAAGAGGGAACUUUAAAGGCUUCAAACUGUCCCCUGAACUGUACUUAAUAGCGAGUGCACAUUGAAAACGGAGAAAGACAGAAGGAAGUAAAGGAUAUGAGGGGUUACAGGAGAGUGCAGUUGAGCCAGAAGUAUCAUAAAAUAAUCAAUAAAUAAACUUGAAAAGUCGAGAAACGUUGGAACUUUUCAGGUGCUAAUGUCCCCACAGGUGGAACUGGACUGGGUUCUGAUCAUUUAAAGACAACACACUUGACAGGACCCAAGGUGUUCGACCUCUCUCGGCCUCAAAUUUAGUAAAGAUGGGAACAGCUUUCAAAUGCAGAGGAAACAGUUUGUUCUUAUUCAUGAAUAUGCUCCAUGGCAGCGCAGGCGGUAGAUAAACUGUUCCCUGAGCCUGAAGGACACAGGUUUGAUCUCAUGGUCUGUCCAAGGAAAUUACAGACAGAACAUUAGAGAUAGCACAGUUCGACACUGACCACAUACAUGGUUGGAUGCUGGCUAGCUCACCGCUGAUGCACAGUUGGCUACAUGGGGCAAAGAAACAAAGCGAUCAUGAUCGCCGCUGCGCAGACGCUCGCUCCAAUGACGUCAUCAUCACAAGAUGGCAGCACCUGUACUAGGGAUAUUUUGGCUUAAUACUAUUUACAUACAGUCUUUAUAAAAAGUCAUUCGGUGCAACAACUUGGUAUUGGGUACUGACAAAGGUCCGGGACCAGAUUUCUCCUCUGACUGUCGGGAGGUUGGCCGAGGGGGGGUUGGUGCGCCAAAAACACCUGCCGUCUGAGCACAAUUGUAUCCAUAGUAACGUGUCUGGCAAAGUCCACAUUAACUGCAGUGUGAUGUGUGAUAAUACAGUUACAGUGAAAUGCUGAAAAAGAACAAUUCAGCAACAACUUCACACGCUUUGUUUUCGUGUAAAAACAAAAGUUUCUGUUGUUGACUUUUGCUUCAUGUCUGAACAUCUUCACGACUUAAUUCUCAGAGUUAAAAUAUACAGAAAAAUUGUGGUGGUGAAAAAUUUUGACAAAAAAAUUGUAAAGUAUUAUUGAUACAUACAGAUGGAGACGGACCUUCAGUAUUGAACCCUAUACGUUGAAGGAAAGAUCGCUUUUUAUGUUUGACUGUCAGAACGCAUCGAACGCUGAUUUUAACCUUCUAAUUUGUGACUUGUUCUACAUCUCACCUGCCUUUAAAUUUACAGGUGCAUCAUUUGUAAACGAAUGGGAAUGGGGACCAAUAUGAUUAUUAUAAUGUUUUUUUACCUUAUUAUUACAUGCUACAUACAUGCUAAUAUUUUGUCCAUUCAAUUUUGCCAGUAGGAUGACGGAUAAUGAUUGUGUUGGGCCUGUGUAUAAUGAGAUAUUAAUACUCAGUAAUGAAAUGCAUGAAUAAAGUACUGAACUUUGUGGAUUAUUGGACAUAAUUCUUGAAUCUAAAGUGAUGUAGUGUACAAAGCCUUAUGCAGACAUUUUUAGUAGUGAAAGAUGUGAAAGUGCAAAGAAUAUUCAAAAGAGUUCAUUAAAAAGAAAGUGA